UUUGUAAACUAAAUACACUUUUUUGUAGCUCUUUGGUGGGAGAGUUACAGUGGAAGAGGUAAAGAGUUACAAAAAGUGGCCAUGAGAAUUUUGAGUCUUACAUAUAGUGUCACUGGAUGUGAGAGAAAUUGGAGUACAUUUGACCAAGUGCAUACUAAGAGAAGAAAUCGAUUGGAGCAACAAAGAUUAAAUGCACUUGUAUAUGUCAAAUAUAAUCUUCAACUUGAGAUGAGGCAAAAUAGUAGAGAAGAGAAUGGAGAUACCUAUGAUCCCAUAUGUUUGUCAGAUAUUGAAUCCGAUGAUGAGUGGAUCACCGAAAAGGAGAAUCCUUGCUUGCCUAUUGAUGCCUCAUGGAUGGAUGUACAUGAGUGCUUUGGUGUUGAUGAGGGAGCUCCAAAGAAGAAAAGAAAGAGAGGUCCAAGAAACUUGAAUGCCAAGAUUGGUAAGGGAAAAUCAAUAAUAGAAGAUGAGGAUGAAAUUGAAGAUAAUGAAGAAGAAGAACUUUUGAUAUUAGAAGAUGAAGAUGACUUGAGUGAUGUAGAUCUUGGGGUUGGAGAUGAUGAAUGAUCUUGGAUAGG